AUGCCCAACAAAUCGGCUAUUCAUACCGGUCAAGCAAUCCAGUUAAGUCCCUCCCGCCAGCGGUUGCAGCCACAACAGCGUUGCAGAUCUGUACGUAUCUGUCUAUAUACUUAUCUAUCGCAAUUUCUUUCUUGCUUUCUCGUUCUGUUCAUAUCUAUCUAUCUAUCUAUCUAUCUAUCUAUCUAUCUAUCUAUCUAUCUAUGUUCAUAUCUUGUCCAGUCUGUUGAUAUCUAUCUAUCUAUCUAUCUAUCUAUCUAUCUAUCUAUCUAUCUAUCUAUGUUCAUAUCUUGUUCAUCUGUUAAUAUCUAUCUAUCUAUGUUCUAUCUUGUUAUCUAUCUAUCUAUCUAUCUAUCUAUCUAUCUAUCUAUCUAUCUAUGUUCAUAUCUUGUUCAGUCUGUUGAUAUCUAUCUAUCUAUCUAUCUAUCUAUCUAUCUAUCUAUCUAUGUUCAUAUCUUGUUCAGUUUGUUGAUAUCUAUCUAUCUAUCUAUCUAUCUAUCUAUCUAUCUAUCUAUCUAUCUAUCUAUCUAUCUAUCUAAUGUAUGUAUGGCCGUAUUUCUCCUCAUAUCAUCUUCCCAAGCCAUUCCAGUCUAUCCGUGA